UUUCAUAGUGAAUCCACACAUUGGAUGGCUUAGAUCUUUCAUUGACGUACCAAGGAAUAUAAGGUGCGGAGGAUUUGCUUUAUACACGUGUGUGGGCUAUAUUCGAUUGAUACAAUUUGCAGCAUAUGAAUGUAGAGAAUUGAGCAACGGGCCUUGGUUCACAUGAUCUACCAUGAAUAUGUCUGAAAUGAUGACGGAGUCUGCUAAGAAGGUUGAUCCAGCAGUUUCCCGCGCUACAAUUCAGCAUUUUGCUUCUCGAUUCAAAAGAUGGGCAGGAAGUAUCCAUUUAUCAGAUACGGGCUUCCAUUCAUUUCACUCACCGUGCUAGGGACAGUUGGCCUAGGUCAUCUCUUACAUGGGAGUAAAGAAGUGGCCAAGGUAAAGGAUGAUCACGAGUGGGAAAUCAUAGAGACUACGCAAGCACUUUCAAGAACAGGACCUGUAGACGGUUAUAAGCCAAAGAAGAUUUCAUUGGAGGAAGAGCUGAAGGCUUUGCAGCAGAAAGUAGACAUAAACAGCUACGAGUACAAGAGAAUUCCCAGGCCAGAUGAAGGGAAAUCAAGCAAGAAGUAGCUCACUCUGAUCCAUAGCUCAAGUGGUAGACUGAGUGAAAGAUACCUCGUUUCAACACUGAGGUCUUGGUAUUGAUUCCCUAGUGGGGGUGGCUAACAGUGAAGUGUGAACUGACAGUGGGUGUACUAACAAGCUAACUGGAAAAAAAAAAGAAAAAAGAAGAAGCAAGAAGUAGCUCCUCACUCCCAUUUUGCAGGUUUCUUUGAUACAACAUAACCUUCACAUCUGUAGACAACUGUCUUUGGUAAGGUACGGUGUAAUCACUUUAAUCUACUAUUGGGUGUGUUUGAAUGCACUAUCCAAUCAAAUUGCACUUAUUAAUUUAA